GAAGCACUGAAGGUGUCAGUUGAGCUCCCGGCGGUUCCUCUUUCUAGCUUACACAGACAACUCAACUCUCAGCGAUUUUGACGCAAAUUUUAAACGUCAGAAACUUUUGAUCUAAGGGCGUGGCAUCGACAGCGAGCAACAGGAUGCUGGCACUGCCUCUGCUGACUUUGGCGGUCCUCGCCAGCUGCGGAUACACCGUGGACGCCUACUCGAAGUACGGCCGUGGAUGCGGGGACAUUGGCUGCCUGCCCACCGAGGAGUGCGUCAUCACCAGCGACUCGUGCAGCUACAACCAGCGGGACGGCAAGGAUUGCGGCAACUAUCCAACCUGCAAACGGCGCUCCGGCGGAGCAUCAUCCGCCUCGAACAGCAGCCCCAAUUUGGCAGCUCCCUCGGCCAAUCCGUCAGGCAGCGUCCUCAAUCCCGGCUAUCCCAUGCACGGCCUGCAGCCGGUGAACCCGUACAAUCCGCCCUUCGUCUUUGGCCAGUUGCCGUUCUAUGGCGGCGGCGGACCGACCGGAACAGGCGGUCCGCCCGGCGGCGUUGGAGGCGGCGGUAAUGGAGGCGUCGGCGGCGGCGUCGGACUGCCCAGCUCGACGCUGGGCAUCCUCGGCGGCGGCGGUGGCGGCCUGGCGCCCUACGGCAGCAACUUCCAGGGCUAUCAGAGCCAGCACUCCAACGCGAACAUGUACAACAAGCCGCCGCCGCAGUACCAGAACCAGAACCAACAGAAUCCCUACAACCGGCGCACCCAGGCGCAUCCCUCGGCAGCCGGCAGUCUGGGCGGGUCUGGAAUAGGCAUCCUGAUCCUCGGGCUCGCACUGGCCCUCCUGCCUCGCACGUAAUAAGCUGGGGCAGCAGCAGCAGUACCACACGGAGCGGCACAAGGCACACAGCCCCCACAAAGCAUGAUCCCCGACGACCCCCGGAAUAUUAACCCAUUCAAUAUGUUCAGAAUAACUAUCAUGGAAUGAUCCCAUUUUCACCGAAAUGUCUUACUAACAAAAGAUCAUCUUCCAGAGAUUUCAGAUUUUCAGUUUCACAGAGCCUAGCAGGUGCUUUCCCUUGAAAGAAAGUUGGUUUGACAUAUACAUAGUAAGAGUGAAGAAGAUUAAACAUUUUCCAGAGAGUAAAUAAAAUGCUUAGCAAUAAAAAAAAAAUAUCCAUGGAAACUGAAAGCACCUGCAGAGAGAUUCUCGAACUAAGUACUAGGUGAAAAUGGGAGCUCGCCUGAUUGUUAUGCUUUCGUUUUUUGUUCUUAUUGUUUACCUUAUUCUCCUGAUUUCCCACAACUCUUGUUUUGAAUUUUUCAUUUCGAGUAGGAUUAAGAAAAAUGUAAAAGCAGCAGCAGCAGCAGCGGUAGCGGCAGGUGCCUUGGCAGCAAUGGCAUCUUCACCUGAAAAUUAUAACUUUCCGUAGUUUUGAACAACAAUUCAAAGGUUGUAUUUUAAUUACACUGCGCCGUCCCUCGUUCGGCUUUUUUCCGGCAGCCUUUGCUGUCUGGCUCACACUGCGAAUACGUAAUUUCAAUUUAAUAUUGUGUAGGAGUCUGUGUGUGUGUAUGUGUGUAUGGCAGAGAGUUCAUUUGAGUAUGUGUGUGUGUGUUUUUUGGACUAUCAGUCAAGGGGAACUGCUCGCCGGCCCCUGGGAGCUGCUCUUUUUUGCAGCUCAAUUAAAUUGGAAUUUAAUUUCGGGCUUAGACAGCCAGCCUCUGGUCAAAAGGGGGUCGGCUCAAAGUCCGUCUGACCGCCACACACACACACCCAUAGCGAUACAAAAAGCCAUACCAAAACAUAGCCAUACACACACAUGGCAUGGCUGGGAAACUUUGAUGUUAAUUUCAUUUUUGUUGAUGCUACGAAUUUGCGGCCAGACACUGGCGGAUCCAGGGCUUUCGAUGAUGCUGCUGCCACUGCUGCUGCUGCUGCUGCUGCUGCUGCUAUCGAAAAUACAGAUACAGAUACAGAUACUUAGAUGGAUAGUGUUGUAGAUACAAGAUACGCAUGUCAAUCAAAAUGCAUAAUGAGCUACAUUCGAGGGCAGAGCACCAAGUGCGCUGCGGGCAAAUCAGAUUGGUUUUUUUUUUGUACGAUUACGAUUAUGAAUAAACGAUCAGUGAAGCAA